AUGGCAAUUGCAUCCAUGACAAAUCUUCUGAUGUCCAUCGCCGCCCUUCAAUUGGUUGAGCGUCAAAUUGUCCAACUUGAGCAGAAUAUCUCAUUCCUGAUUGCUGCUUUGGCCGCCCAAGAGACUGUGAUAGGUUGGGAUGCAGCAGGCCAAUAUACUACGCAUAAAUUGAAAAGUGCCAUCACUGUUCGUUCCCUCCUUACCCACGGCAGUGGAGCUGGCAAUGACACGAGUAACAAGGGCCCAUGA